AUGUUCCCUCUGCAGCUGCUCGCUCUGCUCUUCAUCUCCACGCCGACACCCGACACAAGAGAGGAGACGAGGAAGAGGAGGGAGGAGGGGGAGGCAGACGGACGGACGGGGGGGAGGAAGGACAGGAGGUGUGAGAGGAGUCUGAGGAGAGGAGACCUGCUGGAGGUCCCGAGGACUCUGUUCACCCACUUUGGGAUUUACCUCGGGGGGGGAAGAGUCGCUCACUUCAUCCCUGACAUCAUGCCUGUCGUCUCCAGUGACCAGAGCAGAAUCAAUGAGAUGGUCACCAACAGCAGGCUGCUACUGGGAGUACUGGCCAAGCGUGGCAGUGUGAGGACGGACUCUCUGGAGGACUUCGCGUACGGAUCAGAGAUCCUCGUCAACACUCUGGACCAGGUGUGCAGCCGGCCGGCGCUGCAGGCGGAGGAGGUGGCGCGGCGGGCGGAGCGGCUCCGGGGUCACGUGUCCUACAGUCUGCUGUGGUUCAACUGUGAACACUACGUCAUGUACUGCCGCUACGCCACCGUCACCAGCUACCAGACCUUCCAGUUCUGUAAGACGACUAGGAAGCUGCUGUUGAACCAGCGCGUUGCCAAGGCGACGGCGGUGAUGGGGUUGUGCCUGCUGCUCCACCUCAGGGUCGUGACCUUCUGCUCCACCUUGCUGGUCGUCCUGCUGCCCUUCCUCAUCUGGAUGGCCGCCUGAAUAAUAAAGAUCAGUAGAAAUAUAUGUAAACAAUGACAUGAUAAUAAAUAAUAAAAA